UUCAAACCUAGUGCGCUUCUUGCUAGACAUCGUCAUCGGCUCCGCCGGGCACGCGCUUAGGAUGAUGUCUACGCAGGAGACUCGCUAGGUUUUCAAACACAGCCGCAUACUGUCUAUUUCCUGGUUACUUCGCAAGGAUGAAUGUGGGCGUUGCUCACAGCGAGGUGAACCCAAACACUCGGGUGAUGAACAGCCGGGGCAUCUGGCUGGCCUACCUGCUGCUCACCACUGUCCUGCAUGUGGUCCUGCUCAGCAUCCCUUUCCUCAGUGUGCCUGUGGUGUGGACGCUCACCAACGUCAUACACAACCUGGCGAUGUACCUGUUUUUACAUACCGUCAAAGGCACACCAUUUGAGACGCCGGACCAAGGCAAGGCACGUCUGCUCACUCACUGGGAACAGAUGGACUAUGGCAUUCAGUUUACAGCGUCAAGAAAGUUCCUCACCAUCUUACCUAUUGUACUGUACAUCUUGGCCAGCUUCUACACCAAAUAUGAUACAACUCACUUCAUAGUCAACACAGGCUCACUACUAAGUGUCCUCCUACCCAAGCUGCCUCAGUUUCAUGGAGUGCGUCUGUUUGGUAUAAAUAAAUACUGAUAUGGAUGGGAUGUAGCAUCAUGGAGAUGAGAUGAAAUGACUGAAAUUCCUUUAUUCUCCAUGUGAUGCUUCCUUGGUCCAAAGUCGUAAGGCCUUAAGGAACCAAAACUGCACUGGACUGAAGUACACUAUUUAAAAAAAGCCUUCCAUGCUCAGGUUUAUUCAAUCUGUGGUGUUUCUUUUUUUAAAUCCUGUCUUAUGUCUGUAAUUUCUCGUCAUCAUAAUCUCUAGAUCUCCAUCAUAAUUUCUAGAUUCAUCACAUUCAAGGAUGUUUUUGAAUGCAUUGCAUCAGAAAAUGUGCCAGUUAGUUCUGAAUUAUAAUAUUCAGAGAGUUUUUGUCAGUGUUCUAGUAUAUAUACAACAUGGACAACUGCAGUAAAUAAGUUAUGUUGAAUUAUUAGAGAAACUGAUUUAGAUUUUAUUUUGAACUGCAUUUCUCAUUUCAUUUCCCUGAAAAAUGCAAAACAAUAAUCUGUGUCAAUGUAUGAAUGUGAUAUGAUAAACAAUCUUAAAGUGCUCACUUAAAGUUUAUUGCUUAAGUUUCUCGUAGAGCACCGUUAUAUUAGAUUUCUUUGAAUUCCUGUAUUUAUUUCAUCUGUUAUCAUAUCAUGAAACAUUACAAUUUGACCCAAUUGCCGUAGUGCGCAUACAUUAUUAUUAUUAUAGAUUUUUUUUAAGUUAGUGUCUGCAUGGAUCAUAUUUGUUCACAAUACGAAAGUGAAAGUAUGCACAGUGGGGAACUAAAGUCUGAGACCACAUUGAAAAUGUAGUAUUCAAAAUCUAAUUGGUGGAAAGUUUUAGAAUGUUUAAAAAAUAAAACAAGAAUGUGAAAGGAAAAAGGAAAUUUUUUUUUGCCUUUUUUAUAUUCUCCAUGUUCAUUCCUUUAUGUGAAGUGUUUAAAAAAGGACAAGAUGGUUUUUGAGAUCAGGAUCUUCAAGUUUUACACAAAGACGUGGAGUUCAUACAGCAAACUGAAAUAUUCGAACUAUCUUUACAAUCAAAUUUUUUGUUCAAAUUUGAGAUUAUUAUUCUUUUUUUUUUUACCUUUGGACCCCACAUUGUCACAAUGUAAUGUUUCAGCAUCAAAUGUCCAGUUUAGUAUGUUCAGUUUUUUCAACCCAUUUAUAAUGUGUUGCACUGGUAUAAUUAAAAUGGCUCUUGCACAAGAUAACUUAUCAGUCAUAAAGUCAUUUGGACUAAUAUUCAAAAUCUCAAAUGACCUAAUGUAAUGAUAUGAUAUGCAAACCAUUGCAUACACCUGUAUCAAAUAAAUGACAUUUACAGUUG